AUGAAGCCGCCAUUAUUGGAGCUUCAGAUACCGUGCUCGAAUAUUGGCCCGAAAACAAAUUCGCACUUCUUGAGCAGAAGUGGGUGUGGCAUCCGCCGGCAGUCGAAACUCGUGCAUCAUCCACUCGGUUUUGGUGCCUUUUCCGGCGCUACCACGUCUGGGCCUGAAUAUAUGGGCCUAUCAAUACCGGUUGCCUUCCAGAAUCCCGAGCCCGUUACUCUAUUGGGCCUCACGCUAAGAAGUACCACUCUUUGUCUUUCUCACCUAAAUUUGUCGAUUCUGAAAAAAAUAAAAAAUAUCAACCUGCUUGAUGAGCUCAAUUCCUAUAGGCUUCUUUUCGACUUUUCUCCGAAGAUAAAACCCUACAAGCUCUUCGUCUGUAGGGUGAAAACGAAAACCAGGAAGUGGGAUAGUCUCGUCUUCUUCUUCUUCUCCUCCUCCCUUCAUCAUAUUUUCCACUUCCAUUACGGUUACUGA